GUAUUUGUCCAUGUUCAGGCAAGGCUGAAGAUGCACAAUCUACCAAAAAAACAUGGUUACUCAUUGUUUCUCCGAUAGAUGUCAAAUCAGAAGAAAAACGAGCAUUGGAGAACAGAUAUGAUGUUGACAUUGCAGUAAUGGCCGGAUGGCAAUUAUUGACAUACAUAGUAAAAGAUCUUUUAAAGCAGUUGAAAAGAGGAGUCGAAACAUAA